AUGAGUGGAUUCUCGUACACCAGUGGCUUUGACGAGCUCCAGAGCAUCCACUUCCCCAGUGACAAAGGGCACUGUGUGGACCUGCCGGACACUGGCCUCUGCCAGGAGAACAUCCCACGCUGGUACUACAACCCCUUCACUGAACGCUGCGCCCGCUUUACCUACGGUGGUUGCUAUGGUAACAAGAACAACUUCAAGGAGGAGCAGCAGUGUCUGGAGUCCUGCAGUGGCAUCUCCAAGAAGGAUGUGUUUGGUCUGCGGCGGGAAAGUUCCAUUCCCAACAUAGGCUCUGUGGAAGUGGCUGUGGCCGCAAUCCUGGUCACCUGCAUCGUGGUUGUGCUAGCCAUCCUGGGUUACUGCUUCUUCAAGAAGCAGAGGAAAAGCGUCCGCAGACACGGCCACCACCCUCCCCCUACCCCGGCCAGCUCCACCGUCUCCACCACUGAGGACACGGAACACCUGGUCUAUAACCACACCACAAGGCCCCUCUGAGCCCGGGGCUUUGGUCAGCUUGGAAGAGGCUCAGACCAGACUCCUGCCUGUGUCCCAGGCCCGCACGGCUCCCCUCAGAAGCCAGGGCUCUAGCCCUCCUGAAGCUCAGCUGAGCACAGGCCAGUUGUGUGUGCAAAGUUGUGUGUGUGUGGAAAAGACACAAAGGGCUGGCUGGGAGGAACAGGAAAGCUUCCCGCCUGGAGGACUGUACAGUAGGAACUGCCUGUCUGCGGUGCAGAGGAAGGUGGAAUCUUGGGUCCUGUUCACAGCAACCUGCCCCCACCCAAUGUCACUGGAAAAGGACUCUGGGUAGCAUCAGAAGCUGGACGCCUUCCGCACGUUGCCCCCUCUCCCCCCCCACCUUGCACAGCCCAGUGCUAAAAAAGGGAACACUUCCCUGUGUAGUUUGUGCUGUAAGAAAAUGGCUUUUUCAGGGCUGGGGUCCUAACUCUGAAGUGCUGGGUUUCACCCCCAGCACCUCAAAAACAUGAAAAUGAAAUAAAAAAUAAAUAAAAAUG